AUGGCCCACAAUAAUGAUGCAUUAUUUGGGGAUUCGGACGAUUCGGAUGUGCCUGAUCUGGAUUUAGCGUUGGGGAAUCGUCGAAACAAACGAUCGAGGCUAUUCCCGAGAGAGGGUCAGUGGUGUGCUCGGGCGACGAAGGAUGUAAACUGCAUGUUACUGAACCGUUAUGCAUUUGUUUUACUGCUGACAUCGCUCGUGAUCGCAGUCGCGUUUCUCGGCUUAAUUUCCGUGCAUCUGUUGUCUCAAAAUAAACAAUUACAAAAAUUGCUGGUACUACCCGAACAGUUGGAUGCACUGAAGCGUGAUAUAAAACGUUUAAAAACAGAUGUUGAAUUAUUACGGCUCUCCUCGGCUCAGUCUCAACACUCCGGUUCAUCAUCCUCAUCAAAUUGGAAUUUGAAUAAUAAUGGUACUUUAUUUAUCAGUGAUCGACUUGAUACCAUCGAGUCUGAAGUGAAAGCGAUUGCUGAUGAGUUUAAGUAUCGUAUUGGUGAGCAUUCGUCAGGGCCGUCCGUAAUGGAAGAUAUUAGAUCUCUGGAAGCUCACAUAAGUUCGGUUGAAGAGCGUUGUGUACAAGGCUGUGAAUCGAUGAGAACCGUUGCACUGAAUAGUGGCACAAGCAAUGCUUCCUCUUCAGCGAGUAAGCAGACUUCUCGAAAGCAUUCGCUGAGCGCAGAUACGGCUAAAAGGAAACGUUCCAAGGGAAUUUCUUAUCGUGAUACACCAAUUAUUUUCACUAGGUUGUCGAUGUCUGGACUGACUGUGAUGGUUGUUUAUUUCACUACUUUGGUGUAUACGGGGCUGUUGGUUGCGAUUGAGCCGUGGAGGGACUGUCACGCCCCUUACUGGAUUUGGAUGUCAGCGGGUAAUGUGAUAACAGUGCAGUUGAUUGUGGUAUCACUGAUCACUAUUAUUUAUCGUUUGAAAGGAUCUGUGUUCACCGAUAAUCGUAGACGCAAUUAUAAGUGCGAAUUUUAUAGUUUAUUAUGGGCAUUUGAAACAUCGUCGUUAGCUGAUCUCGCAUAUCACAUAACACUUUACAUGAUCGCUAAUGAAGACGAGGGAUGUAACGGCGUUUUUAAGCACGAUCAAAUUCUUUAUACAACAGUGAAAGUGCCCUAUGAGUUGAUAUCAUUUUUCAUGCCAAUAUGGAUCAUUUUAUUCGUUUUUCGAGCACACUCGAAGAGUUUUGAUGAGGAGGACUCGAAUUCUUCAACUCUAUUCACUGCUUGUUCGACAAGGUCGUUGAAUAACGUAAUCGUUGUGAGGAAUUGGCAUCGUCGAUAUAGACCACUGGGUUCAUCGCAGUGGUCCUUUGUGAACCCAUCUGAAGAGGUCGCGUCAAGGAGGCAAUCCCUCUCGAGUUGUCGUAACCCGAUUUCGAGUCGAGCGUUCACAUCGAGUCGUGCCCAUCAAGUUCAAAGGGCUUCUCAAAACUCAAAACCGCCGCCAGUGUUUCGUCGAACGCAGUCAGCGCCUUCCUUAACCCCUCUUCUCAGACGUAAUUCUGUCAGUACUUCGGUGAUCGUUUCACCGCUAUACUCGAUUCCUGAAGAAACCUCUCAGGCACAACUAUCUUCUUCCAGUUCAUCGGAUAAUCUAUCAACUGUGGCAAACGUCGAUUCUGAUCAUUAA